AUGCAUCUAUACAACGUCCUCAUCACAGCCCUCUCCAUUGGGACGGGUGUUUUGGGCGCCCCCGCCGAGCUAGCUGCUCGCGCAAGUAGAUCUAGCGCCCCAUCAGGUUGCUUGACAGUCGGCUCGGGCGGAAAAUACUCGAAGAUCGGCGAUGCCCUGACUGCUCUCGGCUCAUCCUCGGCGGCCGCUUGUAUCUAUAUUGCAAGUGGCACGUACAAGGAACAGCUUACUAUCAAAUAUCCCGGUGCUCUGACUUUCUAUGGUCAGACUGUUGAUACGCAGACGUAUAAGCAGAACACUGUUACCAUUACCCAUACCAUCUCCUCGCCUCAGGCUGGGUCACUGGAUAAGAGUGCUACUGUGAAUGUUGUCGCCGAUGGUUUUAAGAUGUACAACAUCAAUGUGGUGAAUGGGUACGGGUCUGGUGCGCAGGCUGUUGCACUAGUUGGCAAUGCCAAUAGACUUGGCUUUUAUGCAUGCCAGUUCCUUGGAUACCAGGAUACCCUGUAUGCCAAGUCGGGAACACAGUACUAUGUCAACUCCAAGAUCCAGGGAACUGUGGAUUACAUCUUCGGCGACGCCUCUGCCUGGUUCGGAAACUGCGACAUCGUUUCCAACGGCCCUGGCUAUAUCACCGCCAGCUCACGCCAGACAACCACCGACACGGCCUGGUAUGCAAUCGACAACUGCAACAUCAAGGCUGCGUCUGGAACUAACAUCGAUGGCGAUGUGUACCUUGGCCGCCCAUGGCGAGGACUUGCUCGCGUUAUCUACCAGAACUCGAAGCUGGGUAGUUUGAUCAAUCCCAAGGGAUGGGCGACAAUGGCGAAGGAUGCUACACCAUUGUACUAUGAGUUCAAAAACUCUGGAGAUGGGUCGGAUACUUCUGCGCGGCUGUAUGAGACUCCCAUCUCGGCGGCAGUCACGAAGAAGACAGUUUUGGGCAGUGACUAUGGUAACUGGAUUGACUCAAGUUAUUAG